AUGUCGAUUCCCAAAUCUGGCUCUCAGUCAGAGCGAGCGGCUUUUACCGGUUUGAACUGUUCCUUGUUUUGGGGAGUGUCUGGACAGCGUCUUGGCCCACCCCUCUGUUCGCUCGUUGCCGUCUCGAUCCCAAAUUCCCCGGAUGAAGCAACGUCUGAGCGACCAGAAAGCUCCGAAGAUGCCCAACGCGGUUCAAAACCAUACAUAGCCCCGUCCUGUGGUUCUCAACCAUCCGCUGGGCGCAUGUGCCGUGUUGGAGGGGAUGAAAACAAAGGUCCUCAACAGCCCCAAUACGGCCAACCGCAACAGCAAGGAGGAUACUACCCGCCACCAGGUGGAGCACCCCAAGGCUACCCCGCGCAACAACAACCGUAUGGAUACCCUCAGCAACAACCUGCUGUCUACGUCCAGCAACCUCCGGCGAAGAAAAGCGGUGGCGGCGGUACCGGGUGUCUAGCCUGUCUCGCUGGUGCCUGUCUCUGUUGCUGUGCCGAAGAGGCCCUAUGUGACUGUCUAUUCUGA